GUUCAGCCUGUGCCUGCAGUAACCAAACACUGGCUUCAGACAUAUUUUCUCUCUCUCCCCUUCCCUUCACUCAAAUGCAGUUCGGUGCUCUGCAGCGGAUUAAGUUACGGUCGGGAGGUUCCGGGACCCAGGGGAGAGUGGAGCGGGAUGAGAGGUUGCGGGCAAGCCGGAGGAGGCGGCCAGACGGAAGGCAGUAAAGGGCUGCGGCGCUGAAAUUGCUCCCACCAAAGACCCAGACUGGAGCAGACGCGUGUAUUUCUGUUCAGGUUAGACUAGUCAGGUUUGUUUUGUGAAAAGAACCCCCGAACCCUUUAGUAAUAUGAAUUCAGGAACGGAACAGCAUUAAACUGUGUGUUUGAAAAUCCCUGCUCCGCUUAGCCAAGGGGGUGAAGAAGGAGGUGUUUCUUUUUCCUCUCAAUCCAUAUCAAAGCGUGAAACCGACACGGAGUGUGGCUGAGAGACAGUGUCCGGAUUUCUCUCUUUCUUACACACACACACAACGCCUAGGUUUCCCAAGCGAAAAAAAAAGGAGUUAGACUUGCUCACCAACUGAUCAGCAUGUCAUCUCAAGGAAGAUUCAAAAAAGACAAAGAGAUUACCACAGAAUACGAGACCCAAGUCAAAGAAAUCCGAGCACAGUUGGCGGAGCAGCUGAAAUGCCUGGAGCAGCAAUCGGAAUCCCGUCUCCAGCUUCUGCAGGAUUUACAGGAGUUCUUCAGGAGGAAGGCGGAGAUCGAGGUGGAGUACUCGCGCAGCCUGGACAAGCUGGCAGAGAGGUUUGCAGCAAAGAUCCGCAGCUCAAAGGAACAUCAGCAGUUCAGGAAAGACCAACAUCUACUGUCACCUGUGAACUGCUGGUACCUGGUCCUCAAUCAGACACGACGAGAGAGCAAGGACCAUGCCACACUCAAUGACAUAUACACCAACAACAUCAUCGUCCGCCUAACGCAGAUCAGCGAGGACGUAAUUCGGCUCUUUAAAAAGAGCAAGGAGAUUGGUCAACAAAUGCAUGAGGAGCUACUGAAGGUCACCAACGAGCUGUACACUGUGAUGAAAACCUACCACAUGUACCACGCAGAAAGCAUCAGCGCGGAGAGCAAGUUGAAGGAGGCCGAGAAGCAGGAGGAAAAGCAGUUCAGCAAAUCGGGAGACAUUAACGUGAACCUCCUGCGGCACGAGGACAGGCCACAGCGGCGCAGCUCUGUGCGGAAAAUCGAGAAGAUGAAGGAGAAGCGUCAAGCCAAGUAUUCUGAAAACAAACUGAAGUGCACAAAAGCAAGGAACGACUACCUGCUUAACCUUGCGGCAACAAACGCUGCGGUGGCCAAGUACUACAUCCACGAUGUCUCCGACCUGAUUGAUUGCUCUGAUCUGGGAUUCCAUGCCAGCCUGGCACGCACCUUUAGGACUUUCCUCUCGGCAGAGUAUAACCUGGAGACUUCUCGGCACGAGGGACUGGACCUCAUUGAGAAUGCUGUGGACAACCUGGACGCCCGGAGUGACAAGCACAAGGUCAUGGACAUGUACAACCAGAUCUUCUGUCCACCCACCAAGUUUGAAUUCCAGCCGCACAUGGGAGACGAGGUGUGCCAGGUGAGCGCCCAGCAGCCAGUUCAGACUGAGCUUCUGAUGAGGUAUCACCAGCUCCAGUCCCGGCUGGCCACGCUGAAGAUCGAGAAUGAAGAGGUCAGGAAGACACUGGACGCCACCAUGCAGACACUGCAGGACAUGCUAACUGUGGAGGACUUCGAUGUGUCUGACGCGUUUCACCACAGCCGGUCCACGGAGUCGGUCAAAUCCGUCGCCUCCGAGACUUACAUGAGCAAACUCAACAUGGCAAAGCGAAGGGCUAAUCAACAGGAGACCGAGAUGUUCUACUUCACAAAGUUCAAAGAGUACCUGAAUGGGAGCAACUUGAUCACAAAGCUUCAGGCCAAGCACGAUCUCCUAAAGCAAACUCUGGGAGAAGGUGAGAAGGCCGAAUGUGGUACUUCAAGGCCCCCAUCGGUCCCCCCUAAGCCACAGAAAAUGAGGAAGCCUAGGCCUCGCUCACAGUAUAAUCAUAAAUUGUUUAAUGGCGAUAUGGAGACGUUCAUACAGGAUUCCGGACAAGCCAUCCCACUUGUGGUGGAGAGCUGCAUUCGAUUUAUCAACCUUUAUGGUUUACAACAACAAGGCAUUUUCCGAGUUCCUGGCUCUCAGAGUGAAGUCAAUGACAUCAAGAAUGCUUUUGAGAGAGGGGAAGAUCCUCUUGUGGACAACCACAAUGAACAUGACAUCAACUCAGUAGCCGGCGUCCUGAAGCUGUACUUUCGAGGCCUGGAAAAUCCACUCUUCCCCAAGGAGAGAUUCCUGGAUUUGAUUUGCUCCAUCAAGAUCGACAGCGUUGUGGAGAGGAUCCACCACAUCCAGCAGAUCAUUGUGACACUCUCGCGGACCGUCAUUAUUGUGAUGAGAUACCUCUUUGCCUUCCUCAACCACCUCUCCCAGUACAGCGACGAAAACAUGAUGGACCCCUACAACCUGGCCAUCUGUUUCGGCCCGACCCUGAUGCCUAUCCCCGAGGGGCAGGACCCAGUUUCCUGCCAAGCCCAUGUCAACGAGGUGAUCAAAAGCAUCAUCGUGAACCACGAGGGCAUUUUCCCCAGCCACAAGGAGCUGGACGGCCCAAUGUACGAGAAGUGUAUGGCUGGAGGCGAGGAAUACUGUGAUAGCCCCCACAGUGAGCCGGGGACCAUCGACGAGGUGGACCAUGACAAUGGAACGGAGCCCCACACCAGCGAUGACGAGAUUGAGCAGAUCGAAGCCAUCGCCAAGUUCGACUACGUUGGCCGCUCGCCACGGGAGCUGUCGUUCAAGAAGGGAGCCUCCCUGCUGCUGUACCACAGAGCCUCCGAGGACUGGUGGGAGGGACGGCACAAUGGGCUGGAUGGUCUCAUCCCACAUCAGUACAUUGUGGUACAGGACAUGGAUGACGCCUUCUCCGACAGCCUGAGCCAGAAAGCGGACAGUGAGGCAAGUAGCGGCCCACUGCUGGAUGACAAGGCCUCCUCGAAGAACGACCUCCAGUCUCCUUCGGACAACUUGCCAGAGUUUUCCUUCGGAGGUAUCCUGGGCAGGGUGCGCUUAAGGUCAGACGGAGCCGCCAUCCAGCGGCGCCGGAGUGGAGGGGACGCCCACAGCCCGGUCAGGGGCUCCGGACCGGCCAUCGAUACACCCCCACGGGCAGCAGCCUGCCCCAGCAGCCCCCACAAGAUCACCGUCAGCCGGGGCCGGAUGGAGAGCCCGGAGAAGAGGCGGCUAGCCACCUUCGGCAGCGCCGGCAGCAUUAAUUAUCCCGACCGGAAGAACCUGGCAGAUGGGCACCCCAUGCGGCAGACAUCAGUCUCCACCCGUCACAGCAGCCUCGGCGACCACAAGGCAUUGGAAGCAGAGGCACUGGCUGAGGAUAUAGAGAAGACUAUGAGCACUGCCCUGAAUGAGCUGCGGGAGCUGGAGAGGCAGAACACGGCCAAGCAAGCGCCCGACGUGGUUUUGGACACGCUGGAGCAGAUGAAGAACCCGCCGAGCGGGGCGGUGAACUCUGAGCCGGCCAGCCCGCUGCACACCAUCGUCAUCCGCGACCCCGACGCCGCCAUGCGCCGCAGCUCCAGCUCCUCCAGCGAGAUGAUGACCACCUUCAAGCCGGCCCUGUCCGCCCGCCUGGCGGGCUCGCAGCUGCGGCCCCCCCCCAUGAGGCCCGUGCGCCCCGUGGUCCAGCACCGCUCCAGCAGCAGCGGCAGCAGCUCGGGAGUCGGAAGCCCAGCCGUGACUCCUACCGAGAAGGUCUUCCCCAACAGCGGGGGUGACAAGUCCGGCACUAUGUGACCCGUCCGGCCUCGGGAGCGUGGGUCUCAUUCCCAGUAUGAAGCACCGCCUGAACAGAGAGAAGGGAGCCUUCCAUCCAGGCUUUGGCUUCUGUUCCCGUCCUUUUGAUUAACGAGACUGAGGUAAACGGGUAGUUGAUGCCGUUUCCCUGGUGAAACCGGUUUGCCAAGAGCAGGAGAUUAAUGUCGGCCCAAUCUCCCUGCACAUCCGCAAAACCGCCUCCACUUCAACGACACCGAGGAUGAACGGCCCUUAAUCUGCACGUCCUGAGCAGGCUCAGGAGAGCUGCCAAUCCAAGCAAUACAAGCAGAUUCAGGGGCCGCACUCCGUGGGAGUGAAGGAGGAAAGACGGUUUGGGAGGAGGCCGCUAAGGAGGAGCAACAAGACACAUUUCAUCUCAGCUCUGACUGAGAACAUCUGGGAGUUCCCUCCACUCAUGGCAACUGGAACAUCUCCACAUCCACUCCUCCCUCACAAUGUUUUUGGUUAAGCCAACUACUCUGGUGCCCAGUAUCAACACUGUAAAUAGAUGGCAGAGGCAAGAGCUUCACUCCUCCUGCUUGUUCUGAGCAAGUGGGGGAAGGGGGAAUUGACGUAUACAUAUUGUAGCACAGUAUUAUGAGUUUAAUGAUUAACUAAUUAAUAUUACAGUUGUACUUAAUGCAGCAUAACGUAACAAUAAUAUGGAAGUUAGGCAAAGAGUGUGUGUCUAAAAUAUGUAGAUUAACUUAUCCUACUUUUUGUGAAGCAUUUAAUCUAUGUAGUAUUCCUUUUGUAAGAAAAUGUUUUCGAUGUACAUAGUGUCACAGAAACAGGCAAAGGGACUGUGUGAUAUUUAAUGUGAUAUUUCAUCAUCUCCUUGGACAACUGCACAUGAUCGUUAAGGUUCCUUUAGUUUACACUAGGGUGUGUGAGGCGUGUGUGUGUGUGUGUGUGUGUGUGUGUCUGUGUGUGUGUAUACGCGCGUGUGUCUCUGUGUGCGUGUGUGUGUGCACGCGUGUGCGGGGGACGGUAUAGCUGGCUCGUGUUUUUCGAGGAUUGAUGUCACUGCGAGAUUAACAUCAGUCGUUGUAGAUGUCAGACUUUGGAAAGACUCCUGAAAGGUGAACAAUUCAGAGGAUGUUCGUUUUGUCCGUGUGCCCCUUCAGUUAUUGUAGACAGCAUUACAAACUGUGUAAAUGGGAGUCCAUUGAGCUUGUAUCUUUGGCCAUAGAAUAGGGCAGGUGGUCUUUGCAUGGCAUUUAAUUAUCAUCCUUGUAUAAGGCAGGAGCCCCCUCAGCCCCCUCAGCUUGAUUCAGGCUGGGGCUUCUCAAGGUAAGCUGGCUGACGUGUUACCUUGCCCCUUCCUCUCUCUCCAAGACAUUGACUUGCUGGGAACAGACAGGCAAGCACUCACCAACGUGGUUUACUUCCACCCCUCACACACGAGCCUAGAGAGCAAGUUACUGGUGCCAGACUGUGCGAUGCUGAGGGAACAGUGGAGUGAGAGAUAUCGACUGGGAUAAUAAUUCCCCUACCCCACCACCUCUAUAUUAUUCUGUAAACUCAGGGACAAAGAUGGUACCUGGGUUGGCAGCUGCCGGGCUCGGGUUACUCGGCACAUGUUGACACCGCUGCCCAAGCCUGGUUAGGAAAAUUCAUUUACAGACCAGCAAGCCAGCCGAGAGUCAUAGAGUUAUACAGCACAGAUACAGGCCCUUCAGCCCAAAUCAUCCAUACCUGUCUAAGCUAAUUCCGCUUCCAGUGAUUGGCCCAAAUCCCUCUAAACUUUCCUAUUUAUGCAUCUGUCAAAAUGUCUUUUAAAAGUUGUAACUUCAUCCAUGUCCUCUACUUUCUCUAGCAGCUUACUCCCUAUACUCACCACCCUCUGUGUGGAAAAAGCUGUCAGUCAUGUUCCCUAUAAUUUUUUCCCCCUCUCACAUUAAAUCUAUUCCCUCUGGCUUCAGACUUCCCUACCCUGGGGAAAAAGAUUAUGACUAUCCACUGUAUCUAUGCCCCUCAUGAUUUAAUAAACCUCAAUAACGCAACCCAACCUCUUACCCUCCAAGGAAAACAACUGCAGUCUUGUUUUAUAGCUCAAGCUCUCCAAAUCCAGCAAAACCCUUGGGAAUCUGUUCUGCACCCUUUCCAAUUUAAUGACAUUCUUUCUGUAGCUGGAUACCCAGAGUAGCACAAAAUGCUCCAAGGGUGGCCUCACCAGCGUCUUGUACAGUUGUAACAUGAUGUCCCAACUCUUGUACUCAGUGGCCUCACCAGCGAAGACAACCGUGCCAAAUGCCUUCUUCAUCAGGUGGUCACGAUGAGGCUGCCCUAAGGUUGGAGGAGCAACACCUCAUAUUCUGUAUGUAGCUUGUAACCCGAUUCCUCCUUCUUCAGCCGUUUACAUCUUCCCCCUAUCACCUCCCAGCUUCUCACUGUUCCACCCACCUACCUUCCCCCUUCCUCUAUCACCUGCCAACCUGUACUUGUUCCCCCCCCCCCCCAAUGUUCUUAUCUAGCUUCUUCCUCCUUCCUUUCCAGUCCUGAUGAAGGGUCUCGGCCCAAAAUGUUGACUGAUUAUUCCUCUGCAUAGAAGCUGUCUGGCUUAAUGAGUCCCUCCAGCAUUUUGUAUGUGUUGCCCAAGUGAUAUGAGUGACCAGGGUUGUGAUCAGAAUCAGGUUUAAUAUCACUGGAGUAUGUUGUUUUGCACCAGUACACUGCAAUAUGUAAUAUUAAAAACUUACAAUAAGAAGUAUACAUUCAAAAUUAAAUUAAAUAGAUAGUACAAAAAGAGAAAAAUACUAGUGAGGUAGUGUUCAUGGCUCAUUGACCAGUCAGAAAUUUGAUGGCAGAGGGGAAGAAGCUGUUCUUGAAACACUGACUGUGUGUCUGUAGGCUCCUGUACCUCCUCCCGGGUGUCAACAAUAAGAGGGGAUGGAGAUCCUAAUGAUGGAUGCUGCUUUUUUGAGGUAUUGUCUUUUGAAGGUGUCCUCGAUGCUGGGAAGUCUAGUGCCCGUGAUGGAGCUGGCUGAGUUUAUAACCUUCUAUAGCAUUUUCUGAUCCUGUGCAGUGACCCGUCCAAACCAGGCAGUGAAACAACCAGUUAGAACGCUCUCCACAGUACAUCUGUAGAAACUUGCAAGUGACAUACCACAUCUUCUCAAACUCCUAAUGAAAUAUAGCUGCUGCUGUGCCUUCUUUUUGGUUGCAUCAGUAUUUUGGGCCCAGGAUAGAUCCUCAGAGAUGUUGACACCCUUUCCACUUCUGAUCCCUCGAUGAGGACUCGUGUGUGUUCCCUCGACUUCCCCCAGUCAUUCUCUCAGCUUGUUUACCCUGGUUUACAAGCCAGAUGUGAGAAAUUUCUACCCCAUCAUCAUUGACUUUGGUGGAGUAUCUGGGCUGUUGCUCAGGUCACAGUGGGAGAAGUGGCUAUAAUGACUUGGUAACGUCUGUGACCGAGGCUGUGGAAGGAAGUGCUAUAACACGUCACUAUCACUCACUCUCGCAACUGGCACACACUCUACAAGUUGCAUCCAAUAAAUCACUGCUUGCAGUUGACUGAUGUUCACAGGCUUCCUUUGCUGAUAUGGUAUCAUAGUACAGCUUGUUCAACUUGCUCUCUUAUAGUGUCAUAUACCAUGGGAACACGUCCUUCAACUCACCAACUCCAGGCUAACCAUCUAUUUACAGUUAAAUACACUAAUUCCAUUUUAUUCUCCCCACUUAAACCCCUCAAGAACCUAUCAAUCCCUGCCUUAGAUACAGCUAAUGACGUCCUCCACUGCUCUCUGUGGCAAUUAAUUCUGCAGAUAAACCAUCUGCUGAAGAAAUUCCUUCUCAUCUCAGUUUUAAAUGACACCCCCUUAUUCUGAGACUGCACCCUCAGUUCCCAAAACCUCCUACUAAUGGAAACAUCCUCUCCACAUACAUUCUAUUCAGGCCUCUCAGUAUUCGACAAGUUUCAAUGAGUUUCCCCCCCUCAUUCUCCCGAACUCCAUCAAAUCCAGGCCCAGAGAUAUCAAAUAUCCCUCAUACGUUGAACCAUGGGAAUCUGUUCUGCACCCUUUCCAAUUCAAUAAACAGCAUUUUAUCAAAUCCAGGCUCAGAGGUAUCAGACUCUCCUAACACGUUAGACCUUUCAUUUCUGGGAUCGUCCUUGUGAACCUCCUGCUCUUGUGUUGCUCCGGGAUGACCCCCCACACCUCAUUUCAUAAUCUGAAACUUGGCAUGUUGUUUUUUUCCAUAAAUCAAUGACCUUGCUGGCCUGUACAGAAGGAACCCGGGCCUGACCCUGCAAGGCUACAGGCCCAACUCAGCCUUGUGUUCUGCGGGUUUAUUAACCUGGGAAAGCGAGGAACAGGGCAGGCCCAGUCUGGCCUGGUACAAACAGGGAUCUGCCCAACAAGCAGUAAGAUAGGCUGCCUUGUGCUAUAGUCAUCCAUGGGAAUGUAGAGGUUGUCCAGUGUGAGAUACUGAUGGCUGAGAGCAAUGACUAUUGUCAGUAUGAAGAAUUAUGGAAAACCUAACCUGCCUGGAGUGGUGCUCAAUAAAUCUCUGCUUUUCUAGGAACACGGUAGACUGCAGAUGCAGGAAUCUGGAACAACAAUCAGUCUGCUGGAGGAACAGCUGAUUUCCUCCAGCAAAAUGUUUCCUGCAAUGGGAGAGCCUGGUGGUUAUAAAAGAGAGUCUGUUCAAUGUCUGCACAAUUGUGUGUAUGUGGGCAUGUACGGGUGGAAGUAUGAGUGUGUUUCCGAGUGUUUGGUAACCAGUUUGCUAGUGUCACAUGUACUGAGGUGCAGUGAAAAUCUUUUGUCUGUGUUCCACCGAGACAGAUUGUUCCAUACACAACGACAUCAAAGGGGUACAAAAGGAAAAAUAUACACUGUGUUGCAGUUACCAAGACAGUGUACUGUGAGAGUGUGUGUGCAUGUGUGUGAGUGUAAGAGACACACUGUUGCAACAUGAAGCUGCUCUGAGGACAGGGUCAGAGACCCACCGUUUGUCUGUGUGCCAUGAGCCCCACAUUGGAUCUGUGCUCCACCUGCCUGCACUGAUACGGUUGUCCUAUAAAAGUGGCAAAGUUUUCAAGCGCCUGUCCUGGGAGCUGGCGAUGGUCAAUGCGAGCAGCCUGACAGCCCGUGCAGAGCUGGAGAAAGUACCUGCAGGGGAGCACAAACCGAACCGACUCGUGUCUAUAAUGGGCUUUAAAACGGAAAACAGCCUCUAGCAAAGGAAAGCCCCUCCCUGUCACUAACAUAUUUCCCACACAUGAUGAUGUUCCAGUACCGCUCGGGACUUGUUGAUGGACUUGAAAUGUAAAAACGUAUAUUCAAAACUCUAUGUAUUGCAAGCACAGUGUUCAAACAAACCACCAGACCUCUCAGAGUGAGCCUAAGGGAUACGUUCCCGUGUGCUUUGGAACAGACAGCUGUUAGUUUAUUAAUUUUUCUUCUUGGUUUCCUUACCUUCCCUACAUUCUGUUUCCCAGUGAAAAGGGGUCUUCAUGUGCAGUGUAGGGCAGGAGGACCAGUUGACAAACUGUGGAAGGUUAUGGCCCCAAAAUGGAACUUGAGCCAGCAACCUUCUGUUUCAGAGAUGACUGCACUGCACUUUCCGCUGGGGCCCACUUGACGUUGCUAUAGAGAUUAGAAAGAUCAGAUUCUGUCUUUGGGAAACCGGUAGCAGGAGGGUACAGGUUUAACAUGAUUGCCAAAGGGAGAGGUGAACAUAGAAAUGUUCAAACGGUUGGCCUGAUCUGGAACCAGGUGUGGGAGAGGGCAGUGAAUGCGGUUGCUUUGCUGAACUGGGUGAAGAGGAACACGGUGCAGGGAUGUGGGGACAGAUCAGACUAGUCGGCUUUUUCCCAAAGUCAGCAUAGGCACAAGGAACUCUCUUGCGAUGGAGACAUGGAGUCAAGGAGUCACACAGCACUGAAACAGGCCUUUUGGCCCAUUCUGUCUGUUCUGACCAUCAAUCACCUACCUAUACCAAUCCCAUUUACCAUUAUUUGGUCUGUAGUCUACUGUACAUUGGCAAGUAUUUGUCCACAUACAUCAAGAAUAUUGUGAGAGUACCUACCUCCACCACAUGGCGUGUUCCAGAUACCAACCACCCUGUAAAUGAAACAAUUUUUCCUCAGAUCCCCUCUAAAUUUCCUGACUCGUUACCUUAAACCUAUGUCCUACAGUAUUUGACAUUUUUUUAAAUGGAGAAAUGUUUCCUACCACCUACACUGUCAUUCCUCUCAUAAUUUUGUACAUCUACAUCAAGUUCCUGUCAGUCUCUAAGGAAGACAGGCCUGUCCUAUUUAAUGUCUCCUUAUCAGAGAAACAUUCCAUCCUAGUAAAUCUCCCCCUCCAGUGCAAUUACAUCCUUAGUUUUAGUAUUUUUUUGAGAAUCCCAGGAGACUCAGAUAGUAUUAAACUAAUUUUGAAAGGUUCAGUAUAUUAAAUACAAGCCAGUUAAAAUCUACACAGAAAGUUAACAGGAGUGAUUCCACUGAGAAUUAAAAUAAUUAUGGUUAAGAUAAUCCAAGGACUCAGUUUGAAUUUGGGAUCAUCAAUUUACUUUAAAAAACGUAAACUUUAAAAUAAAUACUGGAAUGUAUUUGUUUAUUGAGACUUGAUAGAGGUUGGCGCUCGUGUUCGGGUGUGUUCGUUCUAAGGGAACUGUUGGGCAUCUACUAGAUGCAGCUUCAGAGCUGCAGGCUCCUUUAGUUUUCCUUCCCUCCUUUCAGAGGGAAGGAGGGAUGAGAAUCAAUGAAAGAAUGAGAACCAGAGGGGCGGGACUCAGGAGAAGGGUGGGGGAAUUGGCAGGAUUUCUCCCAACGUCAACACAGAUUGAAGUAUAGGGAAUGAGGGGGAUGGAAUCAGUGUAAGAGUGAGGUACUGAAGAGAUUUUCAUCUUUGGAAGAGUGAUAAGACCUUCAGUGAAGGGAAGAUCCUGAAGUGGAGAGAAGAAUAUGUAACUGGAGGGAUGGAUCAUGGAUGAAUGGUGAGUGUGAGGGAUUGGUCACACUUGGGGUGAGAGUAUAAGAUGGUAGGCCUCAAUGAGCUGAAUAGUCCCUUCACUCUUUACGUUCUCAUGGUCUCCUGGUCUCCUGCACCCAUCUCUCCAUUUCCAAUUACUCUGUGGUCAGUAUCUGAUGUGUUCUACUCUGAAUGAACCCAAUUGCUCCAGUCAGAUCAUUACUUUUGCAAACUGAGGAGCCUGCUUCCAUCGAAAUAUAUAAUUAUGGUAGAUGUGGUGCUAUGGGGCGUAGAGUGGCUGACUCGAGUAUUUUUAAUUCAUUUUCACAUGUCUUUGUCACAUGCUCAGCUGCCUGUGAUGGUGGUGGGGGGUACAGCAGAUGCUAUUGGUUUAUUACAGUCACAUGCUCAGAAAGGUUUUUGUUUGUGUGCCAUGUCUUAUAUAACAUUGAGGUAGUGAAAACAAUAUUUUGUUGCAGUUACAGAGAAAUUAAAGUGCAGAUAGACAAAUGAACUGCUUGGGUCACAACAAAGUAGAUUUGAAACCUAAAGUUCACCUUUAGUGCAUGAGAGGUUGGUUCAAGAGACUAAUAACAGCAGGAUAGAAGCUGCCCUUGACCUUGCUGGUCCUUAAGGCACCUAAGUUGUUAGACUGAUCUAACAGAUUCAGAUUUAUUUAUUAACACACAGUGAAAUGCAUCCUUUGUGUUAAUAACACCUAAGGAGAUGCUGGGGACAGCCCACGAGUACCACCACAAAUUCUGGCGUCAACAUAGUUUGGCAGAACAACACAAAACACAAUUAAAGAAAAACAGAAUAUAACAAACAGCAAAACAAGCCCCUUUCCCCCACCUCCCCUCCCACCCACCCACACACACACAUACAGUCAGUCCACCAACUUCAAGACAAGCUUCAAGUUUCCAGUCCUCGGGCUACUGGUGUCAUGUAAGACAGGAAGAUUAAGGACAUACGAUUUCUUUCCCUGUCAAUGGUUUUUCAGCAAAUUUAUAGUAACCUUAUUGAAAAGCAAUUGAAAAAUAGAAAUUAAUCCAAUAAUUAAGCUAUGAUGAUGGGAUUAUCAACUGGAUCAUUACCCCAGACUGCUUCCUUUAUCGGCCAAUGACAUAACCACAAUUUUACUAUAUCGCUUAUCACAUGUCUGAAUGGGCAAGGGCAAUGAAAGGGAUUGGGAACCAGCAAUGGAUCAUAGUCAACAAGACAAGCGUUCCUUCCCGCACGGCGGUUGCCAUUGAGCUCCUCUUGCUUGUUGUGAUCUGGUACAAGAUCUUCAAACCACUCAAAGAUAUGCUGCAAAUUCUGUCAAGCAUACUGAUGAUUCUUGCUUCAAGUUGAGAUGAAAUAGAAUUAGCCUAAUCCACUCACCAAGAGUUUGCACUUAGCUAAGUAGCUUUGAUGUUUCAUUACAAUGGAGAUGUUUAAUUUGAUAUCUGAAACAGUAAAUAAUAUAGUAACUUCAUGGACUAAUUUUCCUCCAUGUACGUGGGGGUUAACAAUAAUCUCACUCUCUGUGUUUAAUAAAACUCAUUUGGUUUCUAAUUAUUUUUUUAAAGUAUCCUUUGGAGUAUGACAUUUUAUUUUGGUACAGUGACUGGAUGCUCACUUUUAUCCCCACAAUGUUUGUUCAUAUUAUGUGCUAUACAUGUAUAUGUACAUACAGUAUAUAUAUAAUAUAUAUAAAAAAUGUCUUGCUGUCUUUCUUGUUCUCUGCUGUGUGAAGACGUGCUCACUCAUUCCUCUCUAGUCUUUCUCCUUUCCGAAGCUGGCAGUGCUCAUUGACAGUGUUGACAUGUCAAAAGUCGAAGGGCGAAGGUGAGGGGGAUUCUGUUCCUUCGCUGCACUGCUCCAGCACGCGGAGAGUGGGUUCUCUCGGUCCAUAUGCUGACUCGAGGCUUCCUUUGGCAGCUUGCUGGCCUGCACAUCACAUCUCUCAGCCAUUCCAAGCUAUCACACCAUCAGAACGAGGAGCUUUGUACCUUCAAAAUGAGAGGAUCAGAAUA